GACGCUUCCUGUUAUUAUGACAUCACCUCCAGUACCGUUAGCAGAGUCGGUGGGUUUACUGUAUGCGAUGUUUUUAAAUGUUCUGCCGAGUCACUACUGAGACGAAUCAUGGGAAACCGACGGAGGAAGAGAGGGCGAGAACACAAAGAUUCUUACGGGAUUAAGAUCUCUGAGCUGCUGACCCAACUGGCUGUGAGAACCACACCCCCUAAUGGGCCCCUCCCCCGUAACAUCAGCCUCCUCCCCUCCUUCACCCUCCCCGCAGUCCGAGAAACGACCGACACCACCCGCUCCAAGGCCCAGCUCCCAGAAUGCAUCACGAGACUCUCAGACACCCAGUGUCGGAAGUGGUACCACCAGAGACCAGCCACGCCCUUCUCCUCCUCUACCCCCACGCCAGCCCUUAACCCUAGGCCUGCCCCCAACACCCCGGGACACACCACUGGUCUCGCCUCCACCAAUAGCAGCCAACCAAGGAGCAAGAGACCCAGCCUGGUUUCCCCUGAUUUGUUUUUCCUACCCUAUCUUGCGGCAUGGAGGACUGCGAAGAGCUGUGAUUCGCUGUCAUUGGUGAGGGAUUUGUUCCAGAAGGGUGAGGUGUGUCCAGACAUCCUGGGGUUGAAGGAGUGGUCGAACCAGAGACCUGCAGCCUGGAUCAAGGAUACAGCAGUAGCAGCACAACGCAUGGCGAUAGAACCUGGUGUGAAUAGCGUGCAUUACUUUGAGGACCUGAGGGACCUGCAGAGGAAGUUGUUCAGGGGGAUCCUGUGGAUGUCCAGCAGGGGUCGCGACCUUUGAGCUGGGUGAACAUGACAACCUCUCCAGGACUUUAUACACCAUCAGCCUCAAACGCACCUCCCACAACACCUCCCUCCUCUGCUCCCCCACCAUCACGCCUCACUCCUUUGCUCCCCCACACCCCCUCCUAUGCUCCCCCCCACAACCCUACCUGAAAGACAUUUAAUAAAAAUAUUAUGUAAAUGUCCUUAAGCGUAAAUAUACAUUAUCUGAUUUAAAUAGAACAUUAUCUGAUUUAAAUAGAACAUUAUCUGAUUUAAAUAUAACAUUAUCUGAUUUAAAUAUAACAUUUUCUGAUUUAAAUAUAACAUUAUCUGAUUUAAAUAUACAUUAUCUGAUGAAAGGGGCACAAGACAGGGAUGUCCUCUCUCCCCUCUUCUGUUUGCACUGGUAAUUGAACCACAUGCAGAAAUAAUUAGACAGGACCCACAUGCAACAGGUAUUGGGGGAGUGUUAGAACAUAACGAACAAAAUUACAGUUAACAAAAAUGGCUGCUUAAACCAGUAUAAACUCAUGUAUAGAAUGUAUUAUACCAGAGACCAAAUUCACAACAUCUACAGCACAACGGCAGAGUUAUGUCUCAAGUGUAAGCAUUAUUUUCACUCUGUCGUUUUAGGUUAGUAUUGUGAAGUAACUACAAUGUCAUUGAUCCAUCCACAGUUUUCUCCUAUCACAGCCAAUAAACUCAGUAACUAU